CAUCAUGGUCUGACCCAUGUGGUGCAGAUACACAUGCAGGAGGAGUUUGGGAUUGGCCAGUGGAGCCAAUGGAGCCCCGAGGUCAGGGGCACCCCUUGGACAGAUCCCACGACUGUUCAAGUGGAGAGCAGAGCCCCACAGUUGGCGCAGGUACUACCAAUGACUGAACUCAACUAUGAAAAUAUUAUCCCUGUGGACUUUUUGAACACAACGAGCCUCCCAAGACAAGAUGUCCCUCUGCCUGCAUUCCUGGUGGCUGGAGGCAGCCUGACCUUUGGGACUCUCCUCUGCAUUGGCAUCGUCCUGAGGCUCAGAACAUGGAAGCAGAAGGCUCAGAGAGAAGGCAAGACCAGCACACAGCUGCCAUAUUCUCCAGGACAGUACAUCCCUGGGGCUACCCUGAUACUCGUUCCCCUCAUCUCCCAUGUGAGGUCCCCCAGCAAUUUUGGACCUGAUAUCAUCUUGAGGCACAGUCAGCUGGAGUUUGAGCAGACCACGUAUGGCAUCAGCAAUAGAAACGACUUCUUAUCCAGAUAGCU